AACUUCAGUUACUCCCGUCAGUCUUUGUUCAGCUUUACUGCGCGUCGCUUCUUCGAUCGCCGUGAAAUUAGUAAUUGAAUUUAACACAUUCGUUGCCAUAUCGCAUAUCCAAAUCAGUCAUGAAGUUCUACAUGUUGCUGAUCGCCGCCUUGUCGUUUCUGACCUACAUCAGUUGUGAUGGCUGCAUCCAGUGCAACUCCAAGACCAACGAACGCUGCGCCACCGAUCCGGUGAGCCUGCUCAACCGCAACUGCUCCGACGGCACCUCCAACUGCUACUCCCGCGUCCUGGAUGGCUACACAAUCCGUGGAUGUGCUGUGGACCUGGACAACGCCACCAAGAGCGCGUGCAACAACGAGCUGGUGUGCCAGCUAUGCACCUACAACGAGGGCUGCAACAGGAACUAUUUCCCGCAGAGCCGGGCGCAGUGCCUCCAGUGCUCGGGCAACUCCACGGAAUCGGAGUGCGCCACCGACACGUACCGGCACUCCUCGAUCUGCCCGAUCUACAAGUUCGGCGACCAGUGCUACAUCCGCAACAGCAACCGCACCGCCAGCGGAUCCUUCCAGCGCGGAUGCCUCACCUCGGCGCAGGCCAACAAGCAGUGCGUGAAGGAGGGCAAUUGCUUCACCUGCGAAGGCCGCGGCUGCAACUUCCUCAAGUACAACGACACCCUCAUCCCGAUUGCCCGCGACUCCGGUGCCCAUUUGACCCUCUCCGUGUCCCUGAUGCUCGCCGGUCUCCUGGCCGCCGCCUUCAGGCUCUAAAUAGUGCCAAUCCAAUCCUUCCAUCUUCGAAAAACUUCCUAGGCUUCAUCUUCAGCAUUAAACUACCUUUUUUUAGCAGCAUUAUAAACGGUUUAUAGUAUUCCCUUUUUUUUUUGUACACCUCUCUGUCUUCGUUAUGUCUUAGCCUUGAACAAAAAUAAAGAUACAAUAAUAAUA